UUUCGAUCACUUUUUCUUAUCAUCCCCUUUAAAUAACCCCAAAGCCUCACCAAAGCCUCGCUCACCACUCCUAGCUUUCUCUCGAUCUCAUCGACAUCUCUCUCUCGUAAUCUCCAAUUUCGAAAUGGCUGACAAGAAGAUUAAGAUCGGAAUCAACGGUUUCGGAAGAAUCGGUCGUUUGGUGGCUAGAGUUAUCCUUCAGAGGAACGAUGUUGAGCUCGUCGCUGUUAACGAUCCCUUCAUCACCACCGAGUACAUGACAUACAUGUUCAAGUAUGACAGUGUUCACGGACAGUGGAAGCACAACGAGCUCAAGGUUAAGGAUGAGAAAACACUUCUCUUCGGUGAGAAGCCUGUCACUGUUUUCGGCAUCAGGAACCCUGAGGAUAUCCCAUGGGGUGAGGCCGGAGCUGACUUUGUUGUGGAGUCUACUGGUGUCUUCACUGACAAGGACAAGGCUGCUGCUCACUUGAAGGGUGGUGCCAAGAAAGUUGUCAUCUCUGCACCAAGCAAAGAUGCUCCCAUGUUCGUUGUUGGUGUCAACGAGCACGAGUACAAGUCUGAUCUCAACAUUGUUUCCAACGCUAGUUGCACCACCAACUGCCUUGCUCCACUUGCCAAGGUUAUCAACGACAGGUUUGGAAUUGUCGAGGGACUCAUGACCACCGUCCACUCUAUCACUGCUACCCAGAAAACUGUUGAUGGUCCAUCAAUGAAGGACUGGAGAGGUGGAAGAGCCGCAUCCUUCAACAUCAUUCCCAGCAGCACCGGAGCUGCCAAGGCUGUCGGAAAGGUGCUUCCCCAGCUCAACGGAAAGUUGACCGGGAUGUCCUUCCGUGUUCCCACCGUUGAUGUUUCAGUCGUUGACCUCACGGUCAGACUCGAGAAGGCUGCAACCUACGACGAAAUCAAGAAGGCUAUCAAGGAGGAAUCUGAGGGCAAGCUAAAGGGAAUCCUUGGUUACACCGAGGAUGAUGUUGUCUCAACUGACUUCGUUGGUGACAACAGGUCUAGCAUCUUUGACGCAAAGGCUGGAAUCGCGUUGAGUGACAACUUUGUGAAGCUCGUGUCGUGGUAUGACAACGAAUGGGGUUACAGUACCCGUGUGGUCGACUUGAUCAUCCACAUGUCCAAGGCCUAAAGCUCUCAAGAUCUACGAUGAUGUAAUGGUGUCGUAAUUUGUCGUUUUCGAAUAAGAUUUCUUUGGGCUAUGAGACCUUUUAUUUUCCUUUGGCUUUUUCUCCUUUCACGUGACGUGAUGAGAAGUUUGUAGACCGGUUGUUGUUUUUCUACUUAAGGCCUUUGAUGCAUCAUGUUUUAUCAGCUUUGAAUCCUAUCUUCAUCUAAACCUCAUAAUUCGUAAUAUCAAAUGUCCUUUUAUC